GUCGUUAUAGAGGGCCUUCAGGUCUCGUUCUCUCCCUCCAAAGAUCCCUCUCUCUCUCAUCUUGAAUUCUCGCGCUCUUUCGCUAGGGUUUUUUUCCCUCUUGCCGGGGGAUAAUUUCACCGCCUGGGAUUUCUUCUCCGCCCAGAUUUAGCGGCGGCGAAUGCCGUUUGAGCGAUGGCGAAAACCCUAGCUUCGCGUCUGUGAGGUGUUGAAUCUCCGAGCCAUGGGAAUCGACGGAGAGCGGGAAGAUGACCGGAGAGACGUCAUUUCCGUCGAGUUCAGCCGCUCGGCGGCGAAGCUCGCGGUGGGUCAGGUCUGCGAGAGUAUCGGGUACGAUCAAUUUCGGGAUCCUGCUCUUGAAUCUCUCACGGACCUCGCGGUCCAGUAUGUUCUUCUGCUAGGUAAAGCUGCUACUUCCUUCGCUAACCUGACGGGUAGGAAUCAGUGUAACGUGUUCGAUAUCGUUCUCGCUUUGGAAGAUUUGAGUGGCGGUUCUGAUGGGGAGAGAUUCUCGUCGGGGGGUAAUUGCGUUGCACAUUCGGUGAAAUUGAGGGAAAUCGUCGAUUACGUGAAUUCGAGCGAAGAAGUCCCUUUCGUGCAGCCUUUGCCACGUUUUCCAGUAAUUGUUAGUGAUAGCAGUAAGAUGAUUCCCAGUUUUGUGCAAAUGGGUGAAGACCCUCCGGGGAAGCAUAUACCUCUCUGGUUACCGGCUUUUCCUGAUCCUCACACUUACAAGGAAACCCCGAUGUGGGUUGAAAGGGCCUCAGAUCCUCGUGGCGACAAAAUUAAGCAAUCCAAGCAAAGGAGGAAGGCCGAGAGUGCUUUGUUGAGUCUGCAGCAGAAGCUGGUUUCUAAAAUGUCCUCAGCAAGUCCAAUGUGGGGCGAUAUGGAUGGUGUGAAAGAGGAUUUCAGAAAAGACGAGAGUAAAUUGCAGACUGCUUCGGUGUCGGAAGCAGGGGAGAGAGACGAUAUAAACGGCUUAUCAGUGGUAGAGGCAUUUGCUCCUGCCAUCAAAGCUGCAAAAGAUGAGCAUUGUGGUGAAGUUGAUGCUGAAAGGAAGAAGAAAAAGCCUCCUGUUCUCUUUAAGAUUGGAACAGGUAAGAAACUUCUCGGGCAACCCUUGGAUCUCAGUCUGCAGAAGAAGGGUGAAGAGAGACCCAUGUCCUUUGUGCGUGAUGAGGAUAGAGACGACAAAAGGAGGAGGGCUGAGUUCAUUAUCAGACAGUGCAUGGAGAACCCAGUGGACCUCAAUCAGUUGUAAACUAGUAAUUCGUUCAGAGUGUGUAGCGUAGUUUUAAAUUUGUUUCAGAAAUUGAGAUCUGUAGCCUUUGCUAUACGUGACGAUGUUACAGCCAUUGAUGUUGCAAUGAAAAGAGUGAAGAGUCUUUUCGAUCAUCUUC